UGCCCAGACAAGAGCUCCAAACGCACUUCCCAACGAAUGAGCGAGCGAAAGUCGGUACGCGAGCACUUGACCGAAACAGUCGGGUUCUGUCCGAAAGAUGCCAUCGGAUGGCUGUAUGCUGCGAGAGGAUACUACAAAAUCAAGGACUACCACUCCGUCAUCGAGUGCGUGACGCCAGCGCUCCGAAACGAGCGCACCAAGCGGGAGGCCCAGCAUCUGCUCGCCUUCAGCUUUCUCCUGACGGGGCAAAUCGAGGCCGCCGCUGGAGCAUUCUUCAAAUCGAUCAACUACGGCAACGACACCGACUGGCAGCCGCUGACCGAGCUGUUUCUUGACAAUCCCAAGCUAAAGCUUACUUGA